CACAUUAGUGUGAACGUAUGCAAAUACCAGAAAGUGAUCAGCGAUCAGCUGUGUCGCACGUUUUGAUUUACAUUUUGCUGUUGGAUUUUGGAAAAUAUGGGAGGACACCACAAGAAGAAUCUGCGUGCCGAGAAGGCCAAAGUGAAGCUCAAGGGGGCCAAACUGCCCAAGGGUCUCAAUGUGACCAAGACCGACUUCAAGGUGCGCAAGAUCGAGAUCCGUGAGCAGCUUAAAGAAGCGUCCUACACCGAAACUGGCCAGCGGCAGUUCAACCUGAAGGAGACCCUGUCCCGGCUGAAACAUCACAGCUUCAAGUUCCGCACGGAUGCCAUGCGCAAUGUACGCGAGUCGGUCAAGUCCGGCCAGGCUGAUCAUCUCAUCGGCCAUCUCAACGAACUGUUCCAGGGCAUCGCCGCUGGCGCCCUCGACAUGGAGAGCAGUGUUCGCCAGGAGUCCUUCAAGACGCUCGAUGUACUGCUGGAGGUGCUGCAUCCACAGGCUGUGGCGCCAUUUUUCCACGUGAUUUCCACCUACCUCAAAUGCGCCAUGACUCACAUCCAUCCCACCAUUCAGGAGGAUUCCCUGCUGAUGCUGGACGUGCUGAUGCAGCGAGUGCCACCCUCACUGCUGGCGGAGCGCAGUGCCAGCACAAUUGUGGGCAAUUUCAUUGACAUGAUCUCGCGCUCCCGUCACGACAAUGAGAAGUCAAAUCGUACGCUCACCAUGAACCUGGGCCACGGCAAGCAGACGACCGUCAAGUGGCGGACCAAAGUGCUGCUCCGCCUUCAGCAGAUCCUCGGCACAUUGGCGCAGCACAGCGCCAAGACAGCUAGCACAAAAUAUCCAGUUCAUGUCGCGCAAUUUACUGAAGACCGUGCCAAUUACUAUGGGUUGCUCAGUCCGUACGCGCAAGACACCCGCAGCCUGUAUGCCAUCCUCCACGAGCCCAAGCUGACUGCGGAGGGCACCCAGCUGCAGACGUAUGUGGAGCAACUGAUGCCCCUGCUGCAUGACAGUUGGCUGGAGGUGAGGCCGCAACAACAGCAGCCCCUCCUGCCGCCGGAUGCCUCGGCUAGCCUCUACGUUGUGGUCAACCUGAUAAGCCAGCUGUGGACGCUCAUCAGCCAGCACGAGGCCGCGAACAGCACCAACGAGCUGAGCAACUGGCUCAGGCAGAAUCAUUCUAAAAAGUUUCUAAAGAACUUUAUCGACCAGGACGGCCGUCGCUUCCCCUACCAACAGAUGCCUCACACUCAGACGCAGGGCAAGAAAGAGAAGGCCAAAGACAAGGGUCCCGCCGACGGCGGCGAGCAGUGCCUGCCCCAGAACCUGGCCAUCGUUCAGAUUGCCUGCCAGUUUUAUCCAGAUCCUAGCGAGAAGCAGGCUCUGGUCUUUGGCCAUCUCGUUCAGUACAUAAACGAAACACUGAAGCGUCUGGAAAAGCUAACGCCGGAGCACCAGCUGCCGCUGGUCACCGCCCUACGUUCGCUGCUGCUGGAGAAUGCGCUGGCGCUGCUUAAUCUGAUACCAGAGCAGUUGACGAGUCUCCUGGAUGCCUCCAUGCUGGCGUAUGUCGAGCAACGCUAUGCCACACGCGAGGGUGUGUCCACCAAGAUGUUGAGUCUGCUGUGUGAGAUUGUCCAGAACACGGAACUGUAUGCCCGCUUUGGCGGUGAGGAGCGUUUCGCCAUCUUCCUGGGCUAUCUGCCGGAGCUGCUGCUCAAGCCAACGGUGGCCGAGGGAACGCUGCGUGCCAUGGCCACCCUUUGCCGCCAGAUGAACGGCGUUUUCAUGACCGCCCUCGUGCAGAGUUCUGGUGAUGUCCUUGGCCACCUGUCGCAGCUUCAGGUUACAGGCAAUCCCCAAGGCGAUGACAAGUUUGACAAUCAGAAGCGCGUCCUCAACCUAUUCUACUACGCCCGAACAUGCGACAGAAAGAGCCAACUGAAGAAGGCUCUCAGGCAGCUGGCCAAGCAGCAGCCCGCCGAUAAGGAUGCUGAAGAUGAUUCCCCCACAAAUGACCAAAUUGUCAGCUACUUGAAGUCGGUGCUGGCCUAUGACUAACCCUGGCCCCAAGGCCAGGCUGGUUCCACUUCCACCCACAAAUAUAGUUUCUAAAUCUAGUUUAUAUUCUAAUAUAUUUUCUUUCGAUUAUUGAU